GACAGAGAGAGAAUCCAUUGGUUUAGAAGGUUUGGACUGACUUGACAGGUUCAGUUGGAGCCGAUCAUAGGUGGCCGCGGUGACAAAGGGAAAUUGUGCUUUUCCAGCAUGCUUACUGACCCUGAUUUACCUCAGGAGUUUGAAAGGAUGUCUUCCAAGCGACCAGGCUCUCCGUAUGGGGAGACAGAUGGAGAGGUAGCCAUGGUGACGAGCAGACAGAAAGUGGAAGAGGAGGAGAGUGAGAGGCUUCCAGCCUUUCACCUUCCCUUACAUGUGAGUUUUCCCAACAAGCCUCACUCUGAGGAAUUUCAGCCAGUUUCUCUGCUGACUCAAGAGACUUGUGGUCCUAGGACCCCCACUGCUCAGCACAACACAAUGGAAGUCGAUGGCAAUAAAGUUAUCUCUUCACUAGCCCCGUACAACUCAUCUACCUCACCUCAGAAGGCAGAAGAAGGUGGGCGACAGAGUGGCGAGUCCGUGUCUAGCACAGCCCUGGGGACUCCAGAGCGGCGCAAGGGCAGCCUGGCGGAUGUGGUGGACACCUUAAAGCAGAGGAAGAUGGAAGAGCUGAUCAAGAAUGAGCCAGAAGAUACCUCCAGUAUUGAGAAGCUACUCUCCAAGGACUGGAAGGACAAGCUCCUGGCGAUGGGAUCGGGGAACUUUGGAGAAAUAAAAGGGACUCCGGAGAGCCUCGCCGAGAAGGAACGCCAGCUCAUGGGAAUGAUCAAUCAGCUGACCAGCCUCCGGGAGCAGCUCCUGGCUGCCCACGAUGAGCAGAAGAAGUUGGCUGCAUCUCAGAUCGAGAAACAGCGCCAGCAGAUGGAGCUGGCCAAGCAGCAGCAGGAGCAGAUCGCGAGGCAGCAGCAGCAGCUUCUGCAGCAACAACACAAAAUCAACUUGCUUCAGCAACAGAUCCAGCAGGUUCAAGGUCAGCUGCCACCUUUGAUGAUUCCCGUGUUCCCUCCUGACCAGCGGACUUUAGCAGCAGCUGCCCAGCAAGGAUUCCUGCUUCCUCCUGGUUUCAGCUACAAGGCUGGGUGUAGUGACCCUUACCCUGUUCAGCUGAUCCCAACCACCAUGGCAGCUGCUGCUGCAGCGACACCAGGCCUAGGCCCACUCCAGCUGCAGCAGUUCUAUGCUGCCCAGCUAGCCGCAAUGCAGGUUUCUCCAGGAGGGAAGCUCCUAGGCCUACCCCAGGGCAACCCUGGUGCUGCCGUGUCUCCUACCAGCAUUCACACAGACAAGAGCACAAACAGCCCACCACCCAAAAGCAAGGAUGAAGUGGCGCAGCCACUGAACCUAUCAGCUAAACCCAAGACCUCUGAUGGCAAAUCACCCACAUCACCCACCUCACCCCACAUGCCAGCUCUGAGAAUAAACAGCGGGGCGGGCUCCCUCAAAGCCUCUGUCCCAGCAGCAUUAGCUAGUCCUUCAGCAAGAGUUAGCACAAUAGGUUAUUUAAAUGACCAUGAUGCUGUCACCAAGGCAAUACAAGAGGCUCGCCAGAUGAAGGAGCAGCUCAGGCGGGAGCAGCAGGCGCUGGACGGGAAGGUGGCCGUCGUGAAUAGCAUAGGUCUCAACAAUUGCCGGACAGAGAAGGAAAAAACAACACUGGAGAGUCUGACUCAGCAAUUGGCAGUCAAACAGAACGAAGAAGGAAAAUUUAGCCAUGGAAUGAUGGAUUUCAAUAUGAGUGGAGAUUCCGACGGGAGUGCUGGAGUUUCAGAGUCAAGAAUUUACAGGGAGUCCAGGGGACGUGGUAGCAAUGAGCCGCACAUAAAGCGACCGAUGAAUGCCUUCAUGGUGUGGGCGAAAGACGAACGGAGGAAAAUCCUUCAGGCCUUUCCCGACAUGCACAAUUCCAACAUCAGCAAGAUACUGGGAUCUCGCUGGAAAGCUAUGACCAACCUAGAGAAACAGCCAUAUUAUGAGGAGCAGGCCCGCCUCAGCAAGCAGCACCUGGAGAAGUACCCAGACUACAAGUACAAGCCUAGGCCAAAGCGCACCUGCCUGGUGGACGGCAAGAAGCUGCGCAUCGGGGAGUACAAGGCCAUCAUGCGGAAUCGGAGGCAGGAGAUGAGGCAGUACUUCAACGUCGGGCAACAGGCACAGAUCCCCAUCGCAACUGCUGGUGUCGUCUACCCCGGUGCCAUCGCCAUGGCAGGAAUGCCAUCCCCUCACCUGCCCUCGGAGCACUCCAGUGUGUCCAGCAGCCCGGAGCCAGGCAUGCCCGUGAUCCAGAGCACUUAUGGCGCAAAGGGAGAGGAGCCUCACAUCAAAGAGGAGAUCCAGGCGGAAGACAUCAACGGGGAGAUCUACGAUGAGUACGACGAGGAGGAGGACGACCCAGAUGUGGACUACGGGAGUGACAGCGAAAACCAUAUCGCAGGACAGGCCAACUGAUGAGGGCCGACAGACUGCGGUGAGCUGAGGACGUUAGGAAGCCCUCGCGCGUCCAUCCUUCCAGUGGCCAAGCACAUUAACUUUCUCAUACACUGACUGUUAUUUUAACUGUUAGUCUUAAAUAGUUGGGACAUCAGCUGACAAAUAGACCUCAGCCUCAAAAGGCUCGGAAAGGAAAAAAAUAUAUCUAUUACAAGCAAACAACAUCAACAGCAAGAGAUUGAAAUAAGCUAUGGGUAAAACAAAGCCAGUAACUCAGCUGCUACACCCCAGCACUGAAGUCUCACCCGUCAACUUUUUUUUUUUUUUUAAUAAACUUUAUGGCUGUUUGUUCUAUAACUAGAAAUCCUCACUCAGGUACACAGUGCCAACAAGUGGCUUGUGAAUGUGUUUUGUUGUUUUGUGCUACAAUUUUUAAAAAAGAAAUAAGUUCUGUUUUUGUUUUGUUCUGUUUGGGGGGGAGGUGGUUCAGGGUUUUUCCUUUUACUUUCCUUUUUUCCUUCCUUUUGAGUGUUAUCUUGCACCUGACGGAAAGAGGGAAGAUGGGUGUUUGUUCCCUCCACCCUCUCUAUCUCUCUGCUUUAAAGAUGGAGGCCUGUGUGUGAGGGUGGGGGGAGAGAGGAAAAAAAGAGCCUGUUUUUGCCUUCCUUGCUUCUACACCAAUCAGCAAUCGUUUUCCCUGGAGACCUCCAACCCUCGCACACAACACUACAUCUUUGAGCAAGUGCCAAAUUCAUGCUGAAGCGAUCACCAAUUUCAUUUUCUAUCCCUUCCUUUCUCCCGUUCCUUCCUAAGUUAGGACAGUGUUAACCCUUAGACAGUCCCUGGAAAAGAGCUGAUACACCAGCAACUGGUGAGAUUGAGGUUUGUUUUGUUGUUUUUUUUUUUUUUUAAUGGAAAACUGUAGGUGCCGUUCUCAGGUGAAAAGAGAGAGAGAGACAUAGAAAUUUAGAGAGAAAAAAGUAUUUUCUGAUCUUGGAUUUCUGUGUGUGUGUGUGUAUGUGUGUGUGUGUGUGUGUGUGAUUGUGGUACAUUAGAUACAUUCCUAUUAGGGAAUAAUGUUGGGCCAUUGUGAGCAAAACCCACAUGUGGGCAUGGAAUUCCACCCCUCCUAAGCAAGUGGUCUAGAAGCGACCCUGACCUUGACUUUGCACUUCCAGUGACAGUGGAACGAAGCCGAAGCGCAGGGCUGAGAAAUUCUAUUUUUAAAUGUCUAGUGCUUAUUAGCAGGUGGACCUCGUGGCCCGCGCGUGGAGCUGUGCAAGCAUGGAAGCUGCCAGCCAGAUGCUUCCUGAGGCUCCUUCUCCCUGGAUAUUUGCUUUUUCUAAUGUUUGCUACUUAGUGAUUUCUGUGUAUGUGUGUUUGUUUUUCUGUUGAAACUUUGAGCAAAACAAUCAUUGUUUUGACUGAAUCUAUUUGGCCAUUUUUUCAGAAAUAUGCUAUUAGCUUAUGUCUCCAACAUUCCAUCCUUUCCUGAUGAGGAAACAACUGAUGAUUUUAGACGAUUUUCUUUUCAUCUCUCCACACAAUGAGGUCGGAGACUGUUUGCAUUUCACAAGUGUGGGCUGUCUGUUUGAUGCCCUAAGAACCAGGAUGUGGUUAACAUUCACUGUGGGGUCACAAAUGGAGCCUAGCUGAACCCAGGCCCUCUUCCCAGUGCGCUCCUCCACUGCAAUUUGAGUCUGCUAAAGGUCACUUGCUGGUGCCUACAGAGCACACUCUCCGGGCAACAGCCAGUGGUGACAGGACCGCCGAUUCCAGUCACCAACCAAAAGGCCAGGACAGCAGUAGGGCCUGGACAAACGCAGACCCACCUCCCAUCGCUCACCAUCGUUUGUAUUUAAAGAUUAGACAGUGGGCAGAUGUGUUCCAUCCCAUUCCCAUUGUGCCCUGCCAAACACCAUCCCUCAAGUUUGAUUUUCCCACAUGAAAAAACUAAAAAAGAAGAAGGAAAAGAAAACUCCUUUUUUUUUUUUCUCUCUCUCAGAAGUCUUGCUCUGGGGUUUUUGCUUGGAGGAGCUGAUCAUACCUGCAUGUCAGAGGUUUGGUUCUAUUUUCUGUUUGUGGAUUUUGUUUUGUUUUGUUUUGUUUUGUUUUAUGACUGUAUUUUCAUUUGAAUUGCCUCUUUUUGCUAGUGUUGUAAAAUUAUGAUAAUAAUAGUAAUAAUAAUAAUAAUAAUAAUUAAUAACGGUCAGCUGUUCCCAGAUUAGUAAAUUAUGUAUAAUUUAUUUUAUUUCUCCCUUUCUAUUUUAUUCUGCUCUGAUUUGGAAGUUGCGAGGUAUUUAAAACUAAUAUCUAUUUCCAGUUGGUAUACAUGCAUACACACCUGUAUGUGUAUACACACACAUACUCACCCAAACACUUGCUUCUCCACCCGUAACUUCCUCUGUUAACAGUCUUGGUCCCAGUAGCAUCAGUUCUGGUGUUUAAUACGAAGGGGUGAAUUAGUAGGAGGGUCGUGUUCAAUCUUAAUUAACUUAUGCUCUUUUCUCUCAUUUAGUUAUUUAAUUACCAAUUAGCUAGAGCCAAUUUUUUUGUUUUUGUUUUGUUUUGAAGCACUCUGAAUAAGAAAAAAAAAUAGACACUUGUUUUUAUACCGUUAUAAGAUACAAUGUGAAAACAGAUUUAUUAAAAAAAAAGUUUCUCUGUGUCAACAAAUUUCUCCUGACUGACGUGGGUUCCCCACUCACGUGUGCUGGGUUCCUGUUUCACAGCACAUUCUAGACAAGCUUGGUUUUCACUUCCUGACCUUGGGCAACAAGAAUACUUUGUUUUAGCUCCAGGUAGAUGCUACUGAAGGCAUCCAUGACUAAAACUCAACCCAACACAGCAGUAGAUCUGAGCAAACUCUCUCUUUGCUUUGCAUUUUGGUAUUUGAAGGGAAAACAAAAUUAUUCCUGGUAACCUGUAGCUGCCAGAACUCUCCAGUUCAGUUGAGUUUGUCUCGAUAACUGAACUGCCCAGACAAAACUACAAAGCAAGUCCAUAAUGUCAUGCCAUAUUCUGUUCAGACAUUUUCUUCAGUAGGUGUUGGCUUUGCUUUGCCCAAGAGUUUUCCCCAGGGGACAACAACCAUAAAGAUAAUUCUAUUAAUGUUUAAAGUGCAUUGAAGUCACUUGGGAAAAAAUAAAAAUAAAAGGUGCUUUGACUAGCAACUUAACUCUGUUAACACACUGUCCUUUGGGCCUUUGAUUUGGUGAUAAUCUUUGUAAAGGAUCCUAAAACUUUAAAUUCUUUCUAUGCCUCACAAUGUCCAAAUAAGAUAUGGUAGAGAAAGCAAGAUAAAAUGGAAAGAUCAAAGUUAGCAACAGCAUGCCUCCUUCCUUCUCUCCUGCUUCUCUGUUUAAGUCACUCCCAGAUUUCUGCCCCUCCCCCAUCUUCCCCUUCAUACACAUUUAUACCAACACCAAAAAGUAAUAUUGCCAAUUUCUUCUUUUUAUAUUUGUAAUUGAACCUCUAAAAAUAGUCAUGCUUUAUAUAAAUCUAAGAAAAAUAUUUACUGGAUAAAAUAGGUUAAAGUUGUUUGUAAGUUAAUGAUAAUUUGGCUAGUUAUUACAAUCAGAAAACACACACACACACACACACACACACACACACACAGUCAGUGUAUUUUCACCCAAAUUAGUCAAGUGAACUCUGGAGUUCAUUUGGUAUCUAGCUUAGACUUACCUUUGUGUAAAACCCUCCCAAUGAAUACACUUUUCAUGGUUGGAACCAAAUCUUUCCAUGAGGAAUGAAUAUUAAUUAAAGUGUAAAGUGUUCUUUAAUGCAGUCACUUCCUAUGUUUGAUUUCUAAAGUACAAUUUACCUUAGUUUGCUUUGAGGAAAUUAUCUUUACCAUUUCAUGGUGCAUUUUCAGAUCAUUUCAUAAACUGCAGAAGCUGAUGGUGUUCUCAUCAGAACCCUCUUCUUUAUCACUUAAAAACUUCAGAGAUAACUAUACUUUCCUUCCUCUAAAGGGUAAAUUAUUGAAUUGUAAUAACUGUAUAUUUACAAACAGGUUUAUAAAAAUAUUUGUCUAUCAAAUUAAUAGUGAAAUAAAAACUUUAUGAGAUCUGCAAGGGAAAAAAUACAGAACCCACUUAAAGUGGUUGAUCUAUCCCUCUGUCUCCUGGGGCACAGGCAUUUCUUUAGCUAGGUUGAUACAGUAUUUAAUUCUGAGCUCCACAGGUUGAAGGUGACAUGCUGGGUUUCCUCCUGACGGUGCCUGUCCUCCCCCUGUGUCUGUCACUGGUCCACUAAGGCAGUAUUUAUUCAGCUCCCCGGGCUCUAAAGCACUUAGUCUUUCUAACAGCUUGGAUUUCACAAGUGAAAAGGUUUUGUUUGUUUGUAUUUUUUUUAAUGAUUUAAAAAAAUAGUAAAGAGACAAUCAAUGCCUGGAGCUUAAAACAAAGUAUGUGCAAACUACCAUCUCACUUGAAAUUUAAUAAAAGAAAAAAUUGUGUAAAUAUAACAUAGAGUUAUAGAUUUCUAUUUUGUUCAUAACACAUAGUGUAAUAUAAGUUGUAUAUUUUCAUGUUUUUUGGUUUUAUGUUAUCAUUCAUGCCACAAUAAGAAUAAAACAGGAGUUUGUGUACUCUUGGGAAAAAAAUGUGGGUUCCCACCAACCUGUUUUUUUAGCUUUUCUGUUUUGUUUUCAUUUUAUUUUGUUUUGUUUUGCAUUCCUUUUUUCAGUAUUACUGCCGUGCAAGGCACCAAUAAAA